GAGUUCCGGGCUUCCCGCCCGCCCCCCGCCAGCUGCAGCCUGGGUGAGCCCCCAGCCCCUGCUCUGCCGCCGCCCGCGCCGAGCCGCGGCUGUCCGUCCGCCCCUCUGUCGGUCUGUCCACCUCCCCACCCCCACCCGUCCUUCCUGGGUCGCGGUGCGCGAUCUACGGGGCGGAGGGUAGCUGAGGGUGGCCGAGGUCGGUGUGGGCGCACAGCCCCAGGAGCCACGGCCGAGCCCCAGCAGGGGCGCCUGCAAGACCUGGUCCUGGGCGGUUCAGGGCUCGCGGGGGACCGCCCGCGCUGCCGCAGGCGCUCCGCGUCCCAGGCCGCAGCCUCAGAGGCCACUUGUGGAAUUCUUCUCCGGACUGCUGUAACUUUAAACCGGCCUGAGCGAGGCCUGUUUUUAUUCAGAAACCAGCGAUCUGAGUUCCUGUGGAGACUGGUCAGAUGGAGGACCAGACCUCCACUUGAAGAUUCCCAGUUGGUGGGGAAGGACCAGCUUGUCCUAGGAGCCUUUCUUUUAGAUUCCAAAUUUCUGCCACCACCUUCUUGGGAAGGCCAGACUGGUUCUGGGGGGCUGUUUCUGAACCCCAUUGCUUGGCCCCCAAAGCAGUGACUCAGGCCACCACGCAUGAACCCAGGCCAAAGUGUGAUCUGGCCACGUGCAGAAAUCGCUCCAAGAGCUCUUUACCGACUUGCGGUGGUGAGGAGCGAGAUGAAUGUAGCAGCCAAGUACCGCCAGGCCUCCCUGUACGUGGGUGACCUCCAUGCGGAUGUCACUGAGGACCUGCUGUUCAAGAAAUUCAGCACUGUGGGGCCCGUGCUGUCCAUCCGCAUCUGCAGGGACCUGGUCACCCGCCGUUCUCUGGGCUAUGCCUACGUGAAUUUCCUGCAGCUGGCAGAUGCCCAGAAGGCCCUGGAGACCAUGAACUUUGACCUGAUAAAAGGCAAAUCCAUCCGUCUCAUGUGGUCUCAACGUGAUGCCUACUUAAGGAAAUCUGGAAUUGGGAACGUGUUCAUCAAGAAUCUGGACAAAUCCAUCGAUAAUAAAACCCUUUAUGAACAUUUUUCAGCUUUUGGGAAAAUCCUGUCCUCCAAGGUGAUGAGUGAUGAUCAGGGCUCCAGGGGCUAUGCAUUUGUGCACUUUCAGAACCAGAUUGCUGCAGACAGAGCCAUCGAGGAGAUGAAUGGGGCACUGCUUAAAGACUGCAGGCUAUUUGUUGGCAGAUUCAAAAACCGCAAAGAUCGAGAAGCAGAGCUUCAAAACAAAGCCAAUGAGUUCACCAAUGUUUACAUCAAAAACUUCGGAGAUGACAUGGAUGAUGAGAGACUGAAGGAAGUUUUCAGCAAAUAUGGCAAAACCUUGAGUGUUAAGGUGAUGAGAGAUUCCAGUGGGAAAUCCAAAGGCUUUGGCUUUGUGAGUUUUGAUAGCCAUGAGGCUGCCAAAAAGGCUGUUGAAGAAAUGAAUGGAAAGGACAUAAAUGGACAGCUGCUUUUUGUAGGCCGGGCACAAAAGAAAGCAGAGCGACAGGCUGAGUUAAAGCAAAUGUUUGAGCAGCUGAAACGUGAAAGGUUUCGCCGGUGCCAGGGGGUAAAGCUCUAUAUUAAGAACUUGGAUGAGACCAUUGAUGAUGAAAAACUACGGAGGGAAUUUUCUUCAUUUGGAUCAAUUAGCAGAGUUAAGGUAAUGCAGGAAGAAGGGCAAAGCAAAGGGUUUGGCUUUAUCUGCUUCUCCUCUCCUGAGGAGGCCACUAAAGCGAUGACUGAGAUGAAUGGCCGCAUCUUGGGCUCUAAGCCACUCAAUAUCGCCCUGGCCCAGAAGCCCUAGGACAGGAAAACUGCACCAGCCAGAAUUUGCAGCAGUUAGAGGAAUGUUAGUGUUCUCUGCCUUCAUUGUCCUCAGUAAAUUUCAAAUCCCAGCUAAUGGCUGCUCAGCUUAGUAAACAUUGUGAUCAAAGGUUUUAUAUACAAAGCUAUUUAUUUUUC